AUGUCCUCAAGGCAAGAUUUCGACCCAGAAGGGUAAGAGACACGAGAUACGUACUUUUCAAACAUAUGUCAUGUUAGAAGUUGUUGCAAAGGUUAAGUAAAUAGGUAAAUAAUUGCUAAUAUGGCAGACCCUCCAAGUUUCCCUAUUUUCCAGGGACGUCCCUGAGUUAGAGAAGUCAGAAGCUGUCCUGGUUUCUGAUUUGAUCCCAGAAUGUCCCACUUUUUCCUCAGAUGUCUCUAUUUUCAUUGGAGAAAUGUUGAAGGGUAUGAAGUUAUCUGACCCCCAAGCUGUCUGAAGGCAAUCCUAUAUAGGGAAGGUUUAUUAUUAUUAUUAUUAUUAUUAUUAUUAAUGUUGGAAGCUGCCCAAAAUGGCUGGGGCAACCCAGUAAGAUGUGUGGGGUAUAAAUAGUAAAAUCAUCAUUAUGGAAUGGGACAUCCCUAUUUUCAUCAGAGACAUGUUGGAGGGUAUGAUAUGGUAAGAAUUUACUUCUAAACCACUAGUUCUUGCCGAGGUGAGGGAACAACCUUUAAAUAAACCCCAACAAAGAGAAUAUGCAAGCAAAGUGUCCACUAGGGACCUGGUUUAUUAGAGAAGCUAUUGCAAUGAGGCAGCCUUGCUAAAUCAGUUGUUCAGCUAACCGCCAGUUAGACAAACUGCCUGAAAGCACAUUUUAACAAAGAUUUUAUUGGGUUUUUCCACACAUAAACAUACAUCAUAUAACAUCAUUGUAGAAUGCGUACCACAAGAAAGGUUACACGUUGAGGGGUGAAAAGUCCCUGUUUUAUGUUUCCCCUCAUUUAUCUUUAUUACCCAAACUCUGGAGCUUCAGGUAUAAGCUUUUACUCACUUAUUGUACACCUUCUUUGACAACUAGGCCUUCAGAAAGUGCCAUAAUCCAUUCCUGUAUCUUCCCAAAGCUUAAGGAAUCUCAAGGAAUUCACAGGGAUUGUAAUAUAAAACAUCCUAGCCACUUGUGCCCUCUAGCUAAACAUACAAUCCUUCAGGGGCAGAUGAGCAAGGAAUGCAGUGAUUUGGCAGUUUAUCUGGUAUAGGGGAGCAGCAUAAAAGAGUUACAAAAAUGCAGGAAUACAUGAAUCAAAUUCAUUCUUUGAUACAUACGUUCUAUAUAGAAAAUAAAUGUAAUUACUAUGGGAUAUACAAAAAAGUAUUGACUGUAUAAAGUAAAAAUUCUGCAUUGGUAAUAUAGGCAUUUUUGUACAUAUUGUUUAAUUGGAGGUCUGCAUCAAAAGUUUUUAGAGAAGCAUACAUUUUGCAGGGUAACUGUGUUUUGGUUAAUGUGUUGGUCAAAACAGUGCAAUUUAGAUGACUUUCCCAGUCAAAUUUCAAUAAAACCAAAUUUCUCCUCCAUCUCUAUUGGCAGACAGCCCCAAUAAAUGAAUAUGUACCUUAUUCUAAAAGAAAAGGUUUAUCACCAAUGAUCUAAUCUUUGUUUGAGGUUAAAAUAAGGCAGGCAGUACUAAGCUAAAAGGAACCAGUGAUUUGUCUUGGUAUAAGACACAUUCCUAAGUUCCUGUACUGAACAAUUACUACAAGGAAGAAUUGUAUUUGUGGUUACCACUCUUUUCCAUCUAAACUGCACAAUGUAUCUUAUGGGGACACCCCAAAUAACAUAGCACACAAAGCUGAGGUGGAGUUCUCAUACAUCACUUGCAAUCUGGUUUGUCUGGAAACAUCUUUAACCCUAACAGUUCCAUACUAGCAGCACUGGAAACUCUCCAAGACAUCUGAACUCUGAAAUGAUUAUUUCCACUCCAGAUAUGGAUGACUGUGUUGGGUGCCCCGAAGAUCACUAUCCAAACAUGGAACAAUCGCAAUGCAUUCCAAAGACCAUCAGCUUCUUGUCUUUCAAAGAGCCUCUGGGAAUGAGCUUAGCAUUGUUUGCUCUUUCUCUCUCUCUCCUCACAGUGGUGGUCCAAGCCAUCUUCAUUAAACAUCGGGACACACCCAUUGUCAGAGCAAACAAUCGGGACCUCACCUACACUCUCCUCAUUUCACUCCUGCUCUGCUUUCUCUGCCCAUUGAUCUUCCUCAGCCCACCAGAAAAAGUGAGCUGCCUGCUCCGACAAAUGGCUUUUGGCCUUGUAUUCACAGUGACCGUUUCUUGUGUGCUGGCCAAGACUAUCAUGGUGGUUCUGGCCUUUGUGGCCACCAAACCAGGAUCCCAAAUGAGGAGGUGGGUGGGGAAAAGACUUGGAAGCACCAUUGUGUUGUCAUGUACCAUUAUCCAAGUGGGCAUUUGCACGGUGUGGUUAGGAACCGCUCCCCCAUUUCCUGAUUCUGACAUGCACUCUGCGAUGAGGGAAAUCAUUCUAGGCUGCAACGAAGGGUCUGUUGCCCUGUUUUACUGUGUCCUGGGCUACAUGGGCUUUUUGGCCAUUAUCAGCUUUGUUGUGGCCUUUUUUGCCAGGAAACUGCCUGAGAGCUUUAAUGAGGCCAAAUUCAUCACCUUCAGCAUGUUCUUGUUUUGUAGUGUUUGGGUCUCCUUUGUUCCAGUGUACCUGGGCACCAAGGGGAAAUACAUGGUGGCUGUGGAGAUCUUCUCCAUCUUGGCCUCCAGUGCUGGCUUAAUGGGUUCCAUCUUUUCCCCAAAAUGCUACAUCAUUGUGUUAAGACCGGAUCUGAACAGCAAGGAGCAAUUAAUAAAAAGGAAGUAGUAAAUUAUCCUAUCAUCUCUGUUUUUUGUUUUAUCAGAAUAUGGACAAUAUAUUCUCUUUCUCCACAUCAUAUCAUGUUGUAUUUUAUGUUUGUUAUUGCCUGGUAUUUUCUGGAAAUCUUCAAACAUUUUAAUUUAUGUCCUUUGUUACAACUGAAACAAGUAACUGUUAUGGAUUGAGCUUUGGUUUUGGUCUUUGAGCAGGACAUAUAGCUUGAACCAUUGGUUUUUCAGUACUGGUUACAGACUGCUCUCCUUGCAACACAUUGUAAAAAGGGUAAAACUCCAGAGAGAAUUAAAAUAUGGCAGGAAAGAUGCCGAAAAUAAGAGAUUGUCUUCAAAAAUCUUCAACAGAAAAAGCUGUUUGUUCUUAUGGUUUUUUUUUUAAAAAAUGAUAUUUAUUAAAAUUUCAGAGAGAAAAAGAAUUACACAAAAACAAAAAGUAAAAAUACAAGAAAAAUACAAAAUACAAAAUACAGAAUAAAAUAAUAAAAGACACUUAAAAAGAAAAAUGCAUCAAUUUUUCCAUAGCUUACAUUCAUAUCCUUGUUUCCCUGACCACCUCAUACCUCCCUUUUUUGUAUUCCAGUUCAAUUAGUUAAGUCAGCAAUUUCUUUCCCUCUUUGUUUUCUCAUGAUCCUUUAACUUAAUAUACUAUAACUUUAAAUUUUCAUCUGUUAUCAAUCCUUUUUUUACAUACACCUUUAUAGCAUUACUGCUUAAACCACCUAGCUUCAUUCCAACAUCAUUCUAACAUUCAUUAAUUUUGCAAUAUUUCUGUAAAUAGUCUUUAAAUUUCUUCCAAUCUUCUUCCACCGACUCUUCUCCCUGGUCUCGGAUUCUGCCAGUCAUUUCCGCCAAUUCCAUGUAGUCCAUCACCUUCAUCUGCCAUUCUUCCAGAGUGGGUAGGUCUUGUGUCUUCCAAUACUUUGCAAUAAGUAUUCUUGCUGCUGUUGUGGCAUACAUAAAGAAAGUUCUGUCCUUCUUUGGCACCAUUUGGCCGACCAUGCCCAGGAGAAAGGCCUCUGGUUUCUUCAGAAAGGUAUAUUUAAAUACCCUUUUCAUUUCAUUAUAAAUCAUCUCCCAGAAAGCCUUAAUCCUUGGGCACGUCCACCAAAGGUGAAAGAAUGUACCUUCAGUUUCUUUACAUUUCCAACAUUUAUUAUCGGGCAAAUGAUAGAUUUUUGCAAGCUUGACUGGUGUCAUGUACCACCUGUAUAUCAUUUUCAUAAUAUUCUCUCUUAAGGCAUUACAUGCCGUAAACUUCAUACCUGUGGUCCAUAACUGUUCCCAGUCAGCCAUCAUUAUGUUAUGUCCAACAUCUUGUGCCCAUUUAAUCAUAGCAGAUUUCACCGUUUCAUCCUGAGUAUUCCAUUUCAACAGCAAGUUAUACAUUCUUGACAAAUUCUUAGUUUUGGGUUCUAACAGUUCUGUUUCCAAUUUUGAUUUUUCCACCUGGAAGCCAAUUUUCUUGUCCAAAUUAUAUGCCUCCAUUAUCUGAUAAUAAUGAAGCCAGUCUCGCACUUUGUUUUUAAUUUCUCAAAACUCUGUAAUUUCAGUCUAUCUCCAUCUUGUUCCAAAAUUUCCCAAUAUUUCGGCCAUUUGACCUCCAUAUUGAGCUUUUUCAGAGCUUUCGCUUCCAUCGGUGACAGCCACCUUGGGGUUUUAUUUUCCAAUAAGUCCUUGUAUCUUAUCCAAACAUUAAACAAUGCUUUCCUGACAAUAUGGUUUUUAAAUGCUUUAUGUGCUUUGACCUUAUCAUACCACAGAUAUGCAUGCCAUCCAAAUACAUUGUUAAAACCUUCUAGAUCCAAAAUGUCAGUGUUUUCAAGAAGCAGCCAUUCUUUCAACCAGCAAAAGGCUGCUGAUUCAUAGUAAAGUUUAAAGUCUGGCAGGGCAAAUCCACCUCUUUCCUUUGCAUCUGUUAAUAUUUUAAAUUUUAUUCUAGGCUUCUUGCCCUGCCAGACAAAUCUAGAAAUAUCUCUCUGCCACCUCUUGAAACAGUCCAUUUUGUCCACAAUUUGCAAUGUUUGAAACAAAAACAACAUUCUAGGCAAUACAUUCAUUUUUACCGCAGCAAUACGACCCAGCAGUGAAAGCUUCAAAUUUGACCAAAUUUCUAAAUCUUUUUUCACUCAGCCCAGCAUUUUUCAUAGUUGUCUUUAAAUAAAUUCCCAUUUUUGCUGUCAUGUUAAUCCCCAGGUAUUUAACUUUCUUAACCACUGUUAAACCUGUCUCAUUCUGAAACCUCUCUCUCUCCAUUGGUGUUAAAUUUUUCUCUAAAACCUUGGUUUUUAACUUAUUCAAUUUAAAUCCUGCAACUUGACCAAAUUCUUGAAUCAGUUCUAAAACCCUUUUGGUACUAGAUUCUGGCUCCUGUAACGUCAAUACUAAGUCAUCUGCAAAUGCUCUCAAUUUGUACUGUUUGGCUCCGACAUGUAUACCUUUAACCAACUGGUCCCUUCUAAUCAUAUUCAGCAAAACCUCCAGGACCGAUAUAAAAAGCAAUGGGGAGAUUGGGCAACCUUGUCGUGUCCCUUUUUCUAUCUUAAAUUCUUCCGUCACCACAUUAUUUACAAUUAAUUUAGCCUUUUGUUCAGAAUAUAUUGCACUUAUACCGUUUUCAAAGCCUUGGCCUACCCCCAUACCCUGUAAGUUCUUCUUCAUAAAACUCCAAGAAAUGUUGUCAAAAGCUUUCUCCGCGUCCACAAAUAUUAAAACUGCCUUAGUAUUUAUAUUCACUUGUAAUUUUUCUAAAAUAUUGAUUAUGUUUCUCACAUUGUCAGAUAGAUGUCUACCUGGGAGAAAGCCUGCUUGGUCUUUAUGUAUCUCUUCCACUAACACUCUUUUUAGUCUUUUAGCCAAGAUAUCUGCAAAAAUUUUGUAAUCCACAUUGAGCAGUGAUAUGGGGCGGUAGUUCUUAAGCUGCGUCUUUUCAGUCUCUGUUUUCGGUACAAGUGUGAUAUACGCUUCUUUCCACGACUCUGGUGCCCUUUUCCCCUCCAUUAUUUCGUUGCAGACUUCUUUCAAAGGUUGUACUAACCAUUCUUUUAAAGAUCUGUAGUAUCUAGAAGUCAGUCCAUCCGGUCCUGGAGAUUUACCCAAUUGCAUAUUCUGAAUGGCACCUUCUAUCUCCUGUUCAGUUAUUUUAUAGUUCAACAUUAAUUUAUUUUCUUGAGAGAUUUUUUGUAAUCCAUUUGUUUUCAAAAAUCGGUCUACGUCAAUUUCUUUCUGUGGCCCUUGUGUAUAUAGUUGUUUAAAGUACCUAUGGAAAGAAUUUCUAAUCUCAGCUGGGUUCUGUAUAUUCCUUCCUUCCACUUCUAAAUUUGUAACUGUAUUUAAUUUUUGUCUUUUAUUCAUUUGCCAAGCCAGCAAUUUCCCACAUUUAUUAGCCGACUCGAAUGUCUUUUGUCUCAUUUGUUUAAUUUUCCAUUCUGUCUCCUGAUUCAUCAUUUUCAUGUAUUGCACUUGAUGUAACUUUAUUUCUCUCAAAAUCUCUUGCGACUUUGGUUUUGCUCUCAAUUUCUUUUCACUUUCCUUUAUUUUCUCCAAAAUUUUAUCCUUCUUCUCAUUUUGGAUUCUCUUCUUUAAUGCAUUCUGUUGUAUCAAGAACCCUCUCAUAACAGCUUUACUUGCAUCCCAGAUUACUCUUUUUUCCACAUUGGUGCUCAUAUUUAUCUCAAAAUAAUCUCUCAAGGUUUUUUUGGCCUUCUUAAACACUUCUUCAUCUCUAAAUAAGGUGUCAUUCAUCCUCCAUCUGAAGGAACAGGUUGGUGUUAGUUUCAUUUCCAUCUUAACAGCAUUAUGGUCGGAGCAGGUUUUUGGGCAGAUUUCCACUUUUCUUGUCUUUGGUGCCAUUCCUCUAGUUACCCAUAUUUGGUCAAUUCUUGUCCAUGUCAUUUUGGCUUCAGAGAAGAAGGCUUCAAACAUUGUAAUUUAUGUCCUUUGUUACAACUGAAACAAGUAACUGUUAUGGAUUGAGCUUUGGUUUUGGUCUUUGAGCAGGACGUAUAGCUUGAACCAUUGGUUUUUCAGUACUGGUUACAGACUGCUCUCCUUUCAACACAUUGUAAAAAGGGGAAAACUCCAGAGAGAAUUAAAAUAUGGCAGGAAAGAUGCCAAAAAUAAGAGAUUGUCUUCAAAAAUCUUCAACAGAAAAAGCUUUUUGUUCUUAUGGUUUGGGAAGGGGUGGAAGAAGGCUGGCGGCGCCACACGUUGGACUACCGUGCUUAAGCCAACCAGGCCUUAGGGCCUAUUUCCCACAGCACAAGACCAUGUUCAUCCUUGAACCCAUGCAGCUAAGUACGUGGAUUUCUGUACAGACACUGUGACCUUGAUGCAAACAUGCACCAGACACUCAGGUGGUAAGCUGCACUAAUUGAUGGCAUGCAGGUAUAUCUAUGAACACAAAUGAAUGGGGGAUGGAUCUAGUAAAGCUUUAGGCUGUGUCUAUGUGUAUAAUAAAUAAAAGCAUAUUCAGCUGCUGUGAGUACUCCAUUCCUAUUUUCAAUCCUGGGAAAUAUUCCCUGAUUAAACCUAUCUUGUCUGACUGUUCUCAUUAUCUAUAAACAUAAAAAGAGUUAUUUUGAAGUGAUUCUCAAUACUGGAGGUAGCCCCACCAGACUGCUGUUUGGGAUAUAGGUGGCAUAGGAGGACAAUGGGAUUUAGUAAUACAAGUAACAGAUGGAUACCAUGUAACAUAAAAACUAUCCCAUUUCUCUAUACCCUCAAUUAUUCACGUAAGUUGGGUCAGAUGCUUAGAUAACACUCAGCUCCAAAAGAUGGUGUACCUUCCCUCCUUUGUGCGCACAGAACCACACUUUCAAAUACUAGCUAGUUCCAGCCAUACUGUAGCCAGUAAGACAACUAAUAAUCCUCUAUAAUGAAUCCCACAAUUAUUGCCAGGUCUGACUGAGCAAUAAUCUCACUUAUAUCUAGAAUCAGAUAUAAGUAAAGAAUUUGGCUGGUAAUUUUUAUUCUUGUUAUAUUAUUCCCUCCCAUCCCACCAACUGUUUUUGUUUUUACUCUGUUUAGGUCCAUAACUUCAGAAUAAAGGAUCUGUAUUUUCGAUCCUGUGAAGGGGGUGUAAUCUCUUUUUCCUCCACCCUGCCCCCCACAGCUCCAGGUGCAAAACCUUGGAAAUUACACCCCUUUUGGUGGCACAUAUAUUCUUUAUGUGCAUCUGCAUGUGUGCGUUAAGAGGUAAACUGAAGUGUCUCCCUUAGAAGUCAAUAGAACCUGUUAAUUUCUAUUUUACCAGUUUCUCAUUUUGUCUAUCUUAAAUUUAGUUCUCCACAUUUCCUUGUCACCAACACAAACCACCUACAAAACUCAGUGCCCUUCACCAUCCUUUUGUCUUGGUAUAAUUGUCAGUAAACUAAUAAACAAAUGGUCAGGUGGAAAAUUUAAGGACAUUAGAUUAAUCAUUUGCACUGGUCAGAUGAAGCAUUUCAGCAUUGAUAACAGACUGACCCACUCUUAUUUUCUUCCUCAUUGCAGUUAAUUCUGCAUGCAUUUUGUUGUCCCAUAAAGGGACAGAAACCACUUCAAAUGAAACCCCACAAACAUGUUUUUUUUUGUCAUCCGUUUGAUUUUCUUGAUGCAAAGAGAGAUAGUUAUUAUCUAAUCUGUAAUUAUCACUUUUGUCAUGACUAAUUCUCCCUUGGAUAAUGUCUCAAUAGAUUUGCAGAGAAUAUCAGCCAAAGUCUAAACAUGAGAAUAUAAAAAACCCUACUUGUGAUUCUAAGCAAGGGAGAGGGCAGAGGAAGAGGCAGGAUUUUUGCUUCUCACAUUGUCAAGUUGUAAAAUAGAAUUUUAAUCUGUGAAUUGGUAGUCAAGUUCUGUUUCUGUCAAGGUAGAAUAUUUUACUGAAGCUAAGGUUCAUGUUCUAGAUGGAAAUGAGGGUGUCUGAUUAGAAAGAAUAUUUGCCCCAGUAUGUUGUUGUUUUUUCUUGUGCCAAUUCUCUUUCAUCUGCCACAUUUGGUGUGCAAACAUACCACGAGUUGCACCAUUGAUGAUCUUUCCAGAAUCCCACAUGAAUACUACCAACCUGGUGAUCUUAUUGUUGGCGGAGUUGCUUCUCACCUCUUUUCUGCUUUUGACAAAGAAGACUUCAAAGAAAGGCUACCUAUCCAUCAACUUCUUAAUACCAUGUAAAUAUUGCAUAUCUCAAAUAAUCAUCUGGAACAGAAACAUUCCCCAGCUUUAACCUUGCUUACGCAGAAGCAAGCUCCAUUUAUUUUAGUGGGAUUUACUUCCAGGCAGGGUGUGUGUGUGUGUGUUUGUGUGUGUGUGUGUAAAUUGGUAGUCUACUUCUGAAUAUUGAACUUCACCUCAGAAAGUCUGGGAUGAGGACUCUUAAAAUCUUGCCUCUCCUUCUGAGGUGGAUUUCUAAGAGCCCCAGAUGUUCUUAUCCAUGUCAGGCAAGAUUUACAGGAUACUUCUAGUUGAAAAUGUGUCACAGGUCUGAAAAUGAUGAGAACUACUCCAUUCAGUUAGGCUACCUGCUUCUCAGCAUUUCAAUACAGCUUUUCUGUUGGAUCAAAUCAGUAACUGUAUAUAAAUGUUGCGUAUAUGUCUAUGCUAUGUGCUUUCAAAAGAUUUUAAAGGUCUCUAUUGAUGUCAGUGUGUGGCUGUCAAAGUUGUGCUGUUACUGUGGUGUGGGCCUGUUCAGUGAUUGCUACUUGGUGAUAGGGGAAGAGAGGAAGGGGGAAGAGAGACAAUUGUGUUUCAUAUUUAUAGAAAGGGCCUGGAUCAGGUACAUUCAUUCUCAAUAGCCUGAGCAACAACAGACUGUAAUAGGCUGAAGGUUCCGAUCAGUGAAGAAUGACAGUUAACUGUCAGUUGGUACAAGUCAUGAGUGAGGUUUGAGGGAAAGACCAGAGAAAGCUGAGGUGAAAGUUGACAAAGAAGGUAUCAAUAUUAAGCCAAUUAUCCCCAGUGUGUUAAUAAUAUCUUGUGGUGAAGAUUAGAACAAGUGAGCUGGUGUCUAUUUUAGGCUGUCCAGUUCUUAACAGAUGAAUGUCAUAAAAGCAGAUUUUUUAAAUGAGCUCAACUGAACUUUGGGGUCAGAGACAGAUUAGUUCAGCUGCUAGUUACAAUUUGUGAUUGAAUUGGGCAGGAGUGGCGGAAUAGGGAAUAGGGUCUGAGGUAAAAGCCUUCAGAGACUGGCCUCAGCAACAGCAUCUCUGGAAUCUUUAGAAAGUGUCAUCAAGUACAUGUACUUACUUACUUACCUAAAGUAAGUAUCGGUAUUCCCUUAUUGGAGAAAGGGAGGGAAUUCAAAUCAGUUCAUAUUUAAACAUGCACCUACUAAAAUCUGCCUAAAGAGAUGACGAAACACAGCUAUCAUUUGCCAUUCACACUUCUCCAAAUUUUGCAGUGCAAUUCUCCAGUCAUGAAAUGUAUCCAAAAAUACAUACACUGGGAUAAAGUGUCCCAAAAAAUGCAUAUAUUAGUGAAAGUGGUAUAGAAGUAUACAAGUGGAAUGCAAUGCACUCUUUUAUGGGAAAUUGUUUUGUAGAUUUGUGUUAAAUUGUGUUAGAGCACAAUUUGCAUGAAAAUGUUGAAGAAUUGUCAUGAGGUCCUAAUUUUUUAAAAAUAAAAUUGCAUAGCAUAUCUCCCAAGAAAUCAGCAUAACAUUCUCAUUGCAGUGUUGUGCCAAAGAACUACCAGCAUAUCCUGGCCUUGGCCUUUGCUGUCAAGGAGAUCAAUGAGAACCCCAAGAUCUUACCUAAUAUCACCUUAGGAUUCCACAUCUAUGACAGUUACUUCAAUGAAAGGAUGACCUACCGGGCUGCUCUGAACCUUCCCUCCACAUUUAUGCCCAACUACAAGUGCAACACCCAGAAACACCUGGUUGCAGUUAUUGGGGGGCUGGACUUUGAUACCUCCCUCCAAAUGGCAAACAUCUUGGGCAUCUACAAGAUUCCUCAGGUAAGAUUCUGCCUUGGAGACUUCAUACUCAUUCAACAUGAUCUUUUCUGUGAAGAAAGGUUUCAUACUAUAGAGAAAUAGUUGUGAAUGACAAAGGAAGGUGGCCCUGCCUUUCACAAAAAGUGUCCGGUACGCUUUGCACAACUUAUUAAAAUGUGUAGCAUAAAAUUGUUAGGUAGUAAUUCCCCCCCCCCAACAACCAAAACACAAACAGUGAAAACUAACAGUGAAAACCCCCAGGCAGCUGAUACAUUGGGUAUACAUAAUCAAUAAUAACAUUCAAAUCAACCAUAUGUACAAUUGCAUAUACCUUAAUACUCCUCCCUCCACAAGGUUUAUUUAACUUUUAACAUUUUAAUUGCCCCAAAUUGUUCAAACCUGCCCAAAUAAUUCAAUGUUUUCUCAAACCAAUCCUCCUCCUUCUCACUGACCUUAAACCCUUUCAUUUUAUGUAUCUUCACAGUUAGAUAUUCUAAGAUUAUAAUAUUUUCCAAUUUUCCCCUCCAUUGGUUCUCUCCUAGCUCUUCUGCAUUUUUCCAACUACUCGCUAUAACCUGUCUGGCUGCAGUUACCCUCAAUUUUACCCAUUUACAUUCCUCUUUUGUUUCUACAGUGCUACUCAGGCUAAUAAGAACCAUUAAUUUAGAUAUUUCCACCUUCCUACCCACAAUUCACGAUAUUUCUAUACCAAUCUGUUUCCAGAAUUCAUUAACUAACGGACAAUCCCAAAUUGUUAGGUAGUAAUGAGCCAUCAGCAGCAUUUAAAUAUCUCUGCUGUAGGUGGGCUUUCCUCUCCCCCCUUAUUAAGCACAUUGGCAAUUUUUCUCUGUUGGAGGAAUGAGUAGAAUAUGUUCCAUGCAUCCCCUGACCCCUCUAACUAGUCUGGUGUCUCAAGUGCAGUGGAUGAUAUACUUGAGUUGGUUUCUAUCUCAGGCAGCAGAAUGUCUUUGACUGGGCUUGGCCUCACUCAAUGAUCCAAAAAGUGUGAAUGGUAUGGGAGAAGGUGGUCCUUUAUAUAAAUCCUUAAAAUAAAUGAGUUCCUGAAAAUUCAGGGGUUUUAAAGGCCAAUACUAGGACUUUGAAUUGAGACUGGAAGCAAUCUGACAAAAUCCUUUGAAUUGAGACUGGAAGCAAUCUGACAAAAUCCUGGCAGCUGUUUUCUGUACCAGCUGAAGCUUUCUGCCCCUCCUCCCAAUACAGGCUCAAAACAUUUAAUUCACCUGCAGGAGAUACUGAUAGACUUGUGGGACCUCUCCGCAGCCCACUGUAAAUUGGGGUGCAUAUCAAGAAAAUAUUAAAAAGGGAACCAAAGAGCCAUCAAUAAUCUUGUGGUGAAUUUCUCUUGAAUGAAUGGGUGCCUGUCAAGUGCCAGAAAAUAGCAUUCUCCUAUUCAUUAUUACUCAAUGGCAAAUCACCACACCACAGAAAGGACUAUAGAGCACCUGCAAUGAAUGGAGAAGAUCCUGGGCUCGAUCCCUGACAUCUCUAGGUAGGUCAUUGAAUGUGUCUUUCCACUCAGUGUUAACAAAGUUGAGCUAGAUUGAUCAAUGCUCUGACGUAGUUGUAGGCACCAUGCUGUGUUCUGUCUUUCCCUCCACUUUUCUGGCUGGAGAAUGAACCAACUGGCAGUCAAUUUCCUGAAACAAGGGAGGUUGUCCUGCUUCCAUAUGAGGUAUUUAGCUGUGGGAUGCUUUCAUUCCCAGCAGUAGGAGGGGGAGGUAGCAGCCAUAGUAUGCGGGGAGAGGACAGCACCAUCCACUGAGUGCCUGAGCUACAAUCAAGAUCUUUGUAGGUCUCAGGAUGCUUUCCAGACUGUCACUAUUUCAAUUGCAUAUCAGCAAAUUCAGGUUCUGCAGUUAAAGGUGAUUCAGAAUUUGUGGGCCAAACUACUCCCCCCCCCCAAUUGAUGGGAAAAUGAACAGGAAAUGUGGGAUAACAUUUGCUUGAUGCAACAUUGUCUAAGCACCUCACAAGAAAAUCAUGAUGUCAGCUAUUUAUUGAGUAUUCAUUAUCCACAGAGGCUAAAUGUGCCACCUCUCCCAGCUUUCUGGAGCCUGCCCCUCUGAGGAAACGGUCUGAUCUUGCCUUCUAGAUGAGCAGGCAAUGAAUGCACAUUUACAAACUCUGCCCCGUUAUUUCCUUUUAGCUCACUUAUGGCUCCUUUGCUCCAGAGGAUGCUGGUCAAAGCCAAUCCACUCCCUUCUACAAGAUGGUGCCCAAUGAAGCCCAUCAGUACACUGGGAUAGUUGAGUUACUUCUGCAUUUUGGUUGGACGUGGGUUGGGUUGCUUGCUGGAGAUAAUGACAGUGGAGAGAGAUUUAUCCAGGACCUGAAACCUCUGCUGUCCCAAAAAGGCAUUUGUUUGGCCUUCUGUGAGAAACCCCCCAAAACCACAUAUUUGGCAGACUUUUAUGAUGUGCAGUCUGACUUCAUCCAAAUCUAUCAAGUUAUUAUGAAAAGUAAAGCAAAGGCUGUUGUUUUCUAUGGAGAAACAAAGUCUAUGAUUGACUUGAGAGAAAUAGUAGCACUUGGUGAAUUGGAAAAUGUGACCAUGACACCUGAGGGCAAGGUGUGGAUUCUGACAGCACAGCUGGAUUUUGCAGCAUUAACCUAUCAAAUGAGCUGGGAUAUGCAAGUCUUCCAGGGGUCCCUCUCCUUUGCAGUUCAUUCAAAUGUGGUACAAGGAUUCAAAGCCUUUCUUCAGGUCCAAAAUCCUUUUGAGGCAAAUGGAAAUGGCUUUGCCAAGCAGUUCUGGGCACAAGUAUUUCUCUGUUUAUUUCCAAACUCCAAUACAGAGGAGCAGGCCAGUGGAACCUGCACCGGAGAUGAAAAGCUGGAAGAUCUCCCUUCGUCUGGUUUUGAGAUGAGCAUAACUGGCCACAGCUACAGUCUCUAUAAUGCUGUCUAUGCCAUAGCACAUGCUCUACAUUUCAUGCUUUUGUCUAGGACCAAAUAUAA